AUGCACAGGCUGCAGCAACCGACUCUGCAUCUCGGGCUUCCGAGACUCAUCACCAAAGGCUCCUUCGUAAUGGACACUGCUGCAACAGCGAGCACUAGGGCUGCUGAAACACCGCUCCAUAGGUCUGUGCGAAAUGCUACGAAUGGUGCCACCACUGCCAGGUCGAGGGCAGUAGAGACACCUGCCCACAGACGCACCCGUCAAGCCAGGGAUGCUGCUGCAACAGCGACCGCUAGGGCUGCUGAGACUCCCUCCAUAGAUCUGCACGUCAAUCCAGGAACACCUGCUGCACUAGCAACUGCUAGGGCUGCUGAGACACUGCUCUGUAGGUCUGUUCGAAAUGCUAGAAAUACUACCACCACUGCCAGGUCGAGGGCAACUGAAACAAUUGACCACAUGCACACUCGUCAAUCCAGGGAUGCUGCUGCAACAGCUAGGUCGAGGGAGCCUAAGACAGCUGCAGCGGGCAACCCGCAAUGCCCGCAACGCUGCAGCAACUUCUGCCGCCAGAAACUAUAA